CCGGCCCCGCCCGGCUCCUUUCGGCCUCGCUCGGACCCGCUCCCUCAGGCGCCGCCAUGGCCCGCAAGAAGCUGCAUCGGCCCAUUGCCGCCAUGGCCAAGAAGAUCCGCGAGUACCGCGCGCUGAAGGAGCGCCCGCGGGACUCUCAGCGCUUCGCCCUGGACUACGAGACCAUGCGGCGGCCGCUGACGCAGAAGCGGCUGCCGGUGCGGGCCUGGGAGGACGUGCGGAACGAGAACCGGCUUUUCGCGCUGCUCUGCCGCCUGCCACGCUUCGGCGUGGGCCGCACCGUCACCCGCAAGUCCUGGCUGUGGGCGCACGACGAGCCCUGCUACUGGGUCAUCACCAAGGUGAAGGCGGACUACACGGCCGAGAACAUGGACCAUGGAAGAGCCUGGGGCUACCUGACCUUCAGAGGCAAAACUGAAGAGGAAGUGAGAGAGAUUGACAAAGUCAUGUACCAUGACUGGCGUAUGGUGCCCAAGCACGAGGAGGAGGCCUUCAAGAAAUUCACCCCAGUGCCUGAGGAGACUGUUCGGUUCCUGCCGUACCCGCCGCUGCUCCGAGCCAUGAUCCUUGCCCAGUGGCAGAAGGAGGGAAAACCAAUCACAGAGGAACCAGUUAUUGAUCUGCAGAAGGUCCUGGCCACUCCCCGAGAACGGGCAAAGAAAAAAGCUACAGGGAUACCUGUAUAAAGACUUGUUCUGUGUCCCGAGCUUCUUACAUGCCUCUCACUGCCUGUUAGAAGCCCAGAGACCCCUGUGCCCACCAUGGUAGGGUGUAGCCAGGUUCCCUGGCUUUCUCCCCAGCCCUGUACAGUCACCUCAUCUCAAAGGGAAGAUGCAGAUAUAUUCAGACUCCUUUUCCGUAACAUUGGUCUCAGUCAGCAGAGGAACCUUCUUGGUUCCCUGAGUAGUCUCUGAGUACACAACUCCUGUCAGCCAGCUGCAAUUCUUUGGAGCAUAAUUUUCUUUAUAGCCUGAAAAUUAAUCUUUUGACAACAUUUUUUAGAUAAUUUGGGUCCUGCAUGAAUCACAGGGAAAUGACUAAUAAUAUCACAGUUUUCACAGAGCUGUGAAGAAAUGUAUCUGCAAAUGAAAAUAAAUGUUGUCUUAAUUCUGCAGCACA